GCACACUCGGACGACAAGCAUUGCGAUCACGUCAACACACCUCUCAAGCAACCACCCCAAGCGAAGCCCCACACUUCGUGGUUUCGUUCGGUAAAAAGCUACUUCAGUUCAUUCGUGUGCCGCCACGUGGGAGACGCUGAAGGCACACAGGGUGAUCAUCAUGAGACUCCGGUCACUUUUAGCUGUAGCGCUCAUAGAGCAGCGCCACCUGGCGGGCGUGAUGGUAGCGGCGGAUGACAUCAAGGUCGACCUUCGGCCCUGCAUCAUAACCAAGGCAGCGAUUGAACAGGACGUGUCGACGGUCUCGGAAGCGUACCUUUUGAGCGAGCUUUUCAAGGGGUUCUGGGCCGCAUCUCAGCACGUCAUUAUUGACACGGGAGACGGCGACUUCGAUCUUCUCAACGACGGCGAUGGUAACCACGGCAAGUGCAGCGCGAUCUUCAUCGGGUCCCAGCCUUCGGUCGGGGAGGACGGUGCGACCGCGCAAUAUGAACAACUGUUGGCGUACUCGGCGAAGUUUCAGGUCCGUUUGGUGUUCUUCGACAACGCCGAGACAGCCAAUUUGGCCACCAUCACCACCAAGAUCGGGAUCCAGCAAUACUUCUCGGACACUUUGCUCGCAGCGGCAGGCAUCAGGCUGAAAGAUUCGGAUGCACGAGUGGUGAACCCAGCGCUUCAAACAGACCCUUCAGAGAUUUUUUUCCGCCCCGUGAGGGUAUCGGGUGAUCCUACAGGCGGCGAGCGAACUAUCGUCGCAGACCUCGUCGAUAGCGAUGGGCAGUCCAUCAGCGAUACGGACGGUAUCUGGGACCCCAGCAGUACUAUGGAAACCCCGGGCGCCUCAAUGGCCGCGGUUACGUUCAAGGGCGAAGACGGGUCUGAGGAGAUGCACGUGUUCUUCGCCAUGGCCUGGUUCCACAUGGAGUCGUGGGCGUGGGCGCACUACAUCAUGGAGUGGGCCACCCAGGGGGUAUUCCAGGGCGAGCGCCGCUUCUGGCUUGGCGCGAUGGUUGACGACCACUUUCUCGGAACAAAUACUUUCGUGUACAACGGCGGUUCGAAUGCAAGCGAUGAAGAGGAGCGGAUCUCGGGCGAGGAGCUCAGGGAUUUCCUCAGUGCUACGAAAGCGCUGAACGAACUCUACAACGCCGAGAUCAUCACUGAGUUCCCCUUCAACGCCCUCGGCAUCCUGGAAAAGGCGGAAACGAAGUAUACGUUCACCUUUGAAGAUGCCGACGCAGCGUUGCUGGCCAAGGGAGAGCCCCCCGUAGACAACGGUGACGGCACGGUCGGACUCGCACCGACCAAAACACCCGAAGACUGGUUCAACACGGUCACGAUGGAGGGCCUGACGGCAGAGUUCGAUUCUUGGAAGGAGAAAGACGACCUCUUGCAGGCAUCACUGGACAUGAAGGACGAUUUCUUCUGGCACAGCCACACCCUUUCGCACCAGGCUAGAGACAACCUCGGCCAGGUCGACUGCGAGUCUGAGGACGGUGGGAACGCCCAAAUCGCCGUCAUCACGGGACUCUUUGACGUGGACACGUACGGAUGGCGGAGCAUGACUACGCCGGGCAUCACUGGCUUCUACAACAAGAACUGCCUCAAGUCCGCAAUGGACAACCUCAUCACCUGUGCCCCCGGAGACAACACCUACAUCGGAGCCCCCACGACCACCGUCAGUCUCAUCUCGGACGUCAGCCAGUUUCACUCCAUCUACACGACCGAAGAAAUCAACGGCCUCGCGGGCUUCCAGAUUGUACCGCGCUUCGCCACCUUCGUGUACUACAACUGCAGGACCUCAGACUGCCUUGUCUUGGAGAACUUGUUCAUCCGCCGCACCGUUUGUGGCUGCACGGACGUCGACCCGGGUACCAUAGACAACCUCAACAUCGACGACAUUGCGGGCUGUGACUUCUCCGAGGACAGCCUGUGCCCCAACGGGCUCCAGGCCUUCGGGACGGCCGACGCUCUCUUCGACGUGGAAGCCGAAACCACCACUCGCUGGAUUCUAAGCGGUCGCAGGGACAAGUACAUGUUCCACCAGGCGAACGUUGUCCCCACGUCGACCCCGCUGGGCGAGAUGUCACUGCUGGAGUACUGGUACGAGGUCGUCCUGAAGAAGAUGGCCCUCUACCUCAACCUGCAGGGAGACGACCCGUUCCCGAUCAAGUCCGUCAAGUUCGACGACCUCUGCACCAACUUCAAGCACCACGAGGACCUGGACGGCUCCAACGCGCUAGUGACCAUCACCAAGACCUCCGAUGGAGACAUCUCGGGCAUGGAGCUCAGCAACACUGGAGGCAGAGCCGGGGUCAUCCCCGUCACGGUGCCGACGAGCUUUGCCGACAAGGUAUCGACGGAGGGGCUCCCUGACGGACAGCCGUACUCCAAGGAGACCUACGGAUCGGACUUGACAUUUUACGUGGCCUCCAGCUCGGACGAUAUUCCCCCAGCCGUGGUCAAGCCAACAGCUGCGGACCUCGCGGCCGUUCCGGCACCGGUUCUUGCUACACAGGCGCCCGCUCCCGCGCCUACUUCCUCGUCCACCUCUGGGAGUGUUACGUGCUCCUGGUACACGAUCCUGUGGUGCUGGUGGUGGCGUUGGUUCUAGAUCAUAUCCAACCGUGCGCAGACCUACUGGCGUUGCCAUCGAUGGGUCCCCUCUCGAUUUUCUACCGGCCUUGUGCAUAGAGUGGUAAUAAAUAAGUUGUGCGUGGUGACGAGGGGGCGCCAGGGCAUGGUUCAAGGAAAUACUCUACUUGCGUGAUAUUAAUAGCGAUACUUGAAGGAUCAAUAAAAUACAGGUCUUCUUCAUGGCGCAAACGCACCUGUUCGACAAGUCAGACACGCGCAAAAAUGGAGUCGAACAGCAGAUGACGUCGUUGAUCACGUAGUCGACAUCCUUUGACUAAAGGCAUACCGGGGCUGCCUUACAUGCACCGGCCAGGACUGACGCACCCAAAAGCAGAGGG